GAUGCUCACGAAUUCUCAGCGAACUUGGUGCGAAAAUUCAUGCCGACCAUGGUCGUGGAGAAGUACCAGUUCCGCGGCAUGAGGCAGCGAAAGAUGAAGGUGGACAUCGCCUUCAAAGAGCUCGCUCUCACGUUGCCAAGCGGGGCCAAGGUGCUGGAAGGUGUGACAGGAGAGUUCGAGGCCGGCAAGAUGUGCGCCAUCCUGGGGCCGUCGGGGGCAGGCAAAACGACGUUCAUGAACGUGCUGUGUGGCAAGGCUACCUACGGUACGAUGGACGGAGAGGUGCUCAUCAACGGGGUCCCCGGGGACAUAUCUUCGAUCAAGUCCCUCACAGGCUUCGUCCCGCAG